GAAAACUCUCCGCAAGCUCAGCACCGCGAUCUCGUCCUUUCAAGAAGGAUUAGCAGCGUGGGACGUCGCUUAUCUGCUGGACAUGCGUGAAGAAGACGCGAAGCACACGAUCGGCACCGGGCUCUACGAUCGCUCUCACAACACUUUGAAGGACCUAAUCCCAGCACUCGCUGAGGUCGCAGCCGCGACGAACUCUUCGCUAGUUAAGUCUUCCCCUAAUCCAUCUGCCGAAGCAUCUGGAAGCUGUCCCAAAAGACCACCCAGAUGCGUCUCUGGAUGGAUAGGGGUCUAAGGAAGUAAACUCUAAGCUAGUCUCGCUUGAAUACACGGGGACCGCAGAAGCUGCAAAUGCAGGCGCAGCUACAGUAAGAGAGGAGCGAGAACAAGCAGGCAGUCUACUCCCCAUGGUCUACGACUGCCUACUCGAUUCCAGGUUUAUCGUCGCCGAAGGAGGAGGAGGAACCUCUCGGCGACAGACAAAGAAAACCGUUAAUAAGAACAGUGAAACUCAUGAGCUAGAACUGCUAGCAGCUACGCCAAAAUUACGGGUCGCAUGCACGCAAAAGCAAGUAGGGCAGACGAUCGCGUGGGCAGUCCAAGGAGAAGACGCGAGACACUUCCUUCCCACCACUCAGCUGAAUGAUAUGAGAUUUCUUAACCGAUCGGCUGACGGCAUGCAGCACCGUUUGGUAGGGGCCUCCAGUUUUCUGUGCAAACACGAGGAGCAUGUAUCGGUGGCCUUCUCGGAAUCCUCAGAAACGGGAACUUUUCUUAGUAAGCGAGAGCAGCAAGAGGUCCGACUUGGCUUCGUCAACGCACAGCGAUUGCGAAAAAUGAUAAUCAUUUUCCAGACGUGCGGUGUCGUCAACAUCCCAGACGCUUUUGACCCCGACUUCAUCAAAAGUGUCCAUGCUGCUCAAAAUUAAGACUUCUCAAAUACGCGUACUAAGUUGUGUCAAGGUACUUACUCACAUCAUGCGUAUGCGUAUACCUCCUAUUUGGUUGAUUCCUAACUUGCAGUGGAAACGGAUACGGAAGCAUGUAGAAGUACAUGUCGAGUUGUAUUUGAUGACCAGGUUCUAAGAAAUAAGAAAUGGACUGGACAAAAAUGCAGCCAAGUUAGUAGAAAUCAAAAAUUGUCAUUCUUUUUCUUGGAUUGAUUGCGAUGCCCUCUUCUAAUAAGCAGAGCACUUUGCAAAGAUGACACAGGCUGAACGUGGAAAAUUUAGUCAGAUGCAACAAUUUCGAGGAGAGUGGGCUGAACUCAAAAAUGGAAAGAAGACUUCAUCCUCUUUAGCAGGUGACUCCUCAAAAAGUGACGCUUCCUCUGCAUCUGAUGGAGAUGCAGAUGGCGCACCGACAGAACUAGGCUCAUAUGAAUCGGCCGCAUUUGCACCAAGAUCAGCGGGACGCUACGAGGUGCGCCUGCCAUUUGAAAAGCCGUUUGUCUGUCCGGCACUGGUUAUGGCAUUAUGCUUGUGCAAUUUUACUUAUACAUCCGGAAUCUCGAAGCUGUAUUUCUGGGUGAAAAAGAUUUUUCUUUUUGCAUGAUGUUAAUGAUUUAGCGACACUUGAGUACUGAUUUUUUCCGAGUCCGAGUCCCAUAGUUCAUCCUCUAUUUCAACGUCACACUUUCCUCCACCUGCCUCUAACCUGGUGGCGAACAAAAUGGUUCUCGCUUUGUUGACUGCUGUGUUGAAGGGUCCAAAGAUCGAGAUUGAUGAGUUUUCCUAUGUCCAGAGUGAGCAAAAGACGCCUUCGAUGCACUGGCACCUUGAUGUGGAUCCCCCGUUCAGCACCCAAGUAUUUGCGAGUGGGGAAUAUGCCGGAAAACAACUUUAAGGCGGCUCACCCUAAUCCAUCUUCAGAAGCAUCCUGGGCCUAUAAUUGUGAAGUGGAAAAAGGUCGCAAGAUGGUACUCGAGAUGGAUUCACUGUGGUGGUCUCUAACAACUGCCUGCUUCCGCCGUCGUGAUGGUUUUACCUCUGCGCGACCUCACCCUGGACGACGGCCCCACCGAGUUUCUCACAGGCUCCCAUGUGAAUAUCAAGUCGCGUCAGUUCUGGCUGCAACAACAAGCAAAAUUCAACUACUAUGUCUUUGGUGAGGGCAAGGACCUGGACGAUGAAGAUAUUGACAAAGACGAUAAUGACUUUUUUAAGGCGACUAGGACAAGCACAAUAUUUCUUGAUUGAGCAGAAGAGCCAGUGCCAGAGUUCAUUCAAAAGAGAAAGAUACUAGUAAGUAAGCAUGCAUUUUUGCCCCUCUUUCAAGGGGAAAGCAGCAGGCAAUAGGUUAUAACCAAACGGAUCAUGCAAUUUAGAAAUGUCUAACUUUUCCGAUGAAGACGAGGGCGAGCCACCAAAAUCAAAUAUACGAAUGGCUACUGAUGCAGACGGCGUUCGCGCGGACAAAACGAAAAUGGGCUCACACGCGCCGCCAGGCAAGGAGCAUCUCGAAUACUCUUUUUUGCCACCAAGAUUGGCCUUUGAAUCGAAGCGAGGAGCUGCAACAUUUUUCGAUCUCCGACUGAUGCACCGUGCGCUCCCGAACAGUUCGGGUAUGUCACGCGCAGUCCUGUACAUCUCGUACGUGAGUUAUGAACAGCUUCUUGCAACAUGAAGAACAACAAUGUUGAAGAUCAAGAUAGACAAUUUUUGACAUCUACUUCUUGCUGAUUUGACUUACUUAACGUUGUUGUUACUGUAUGCCAUGCACAUCAAUAUUUUUAGAACUUGUUCUGGAUCUGUUCUAGGAUAUCCACCUCGACCUCCUUGAUGUUCUCGGAACUGCUUACCCCAUACCCAUGCACUGUGGUAUUGCAAUACAAAUACUUAAAAAUUCCAUCUGCUCCUUUCAUACUCCGGAAUGGUUUAAAGAUGCAGCAAACUUCAAGGAUUUCCACAGUCGCUUAUUGGAUGAUCUUCCUGACAGUGCCAUGCGGAAGCUCCUUCUUCGGGUGGAAACACGCACGCACACUCAGGCCAUGCAGCAGUGGAUCGGGGCGCAACAACAGGCAGCAUUGAAGAAUACAGGCGAAGGAGGUGUAGAAGAAGAUGGUCAAGUUCAAGACAAGAGAACUUCUUCCUCCUCAUCUAAGGAACAAGAUAUCGACGCUUACAUUGAAGCUGAGGUUAGUCGCAGGGUCGAAAUGGAGACUCAAAAAAUGCGAUUAUCACUGUUGCAAACCCUCGGAGUGGAUGUAGAGAAAAGCACUAUCAAGAACGCUGCCGACCCUGUAAAAAGAAAGUCCUCGUGUACUGGCAAGAAAGGCAAACUCUGCACCACGGCUUCUGGUGCUACUAUUGGAGCAGACAAGAAAUCUGGGGUUGUCGUCCCAGCCUCUAGGAGUGGGGAUCUAGAGUUUUUGCCUGAAAACGUGACGGUUUCCAAAGGCCUCUAUGUUCAAGGCCAACUUGGCAUCUGGGAAGAGAAUCACUUCACUAGUGGAUAAAGUAAAAAUUGAUAGAAGUAGAACAUAUUGAUAAAAUAGAAAUACCUAAGUAAGUAACAAACUGAAAAAUAGCGAAAGUGAUCUACUAUCUAAAACCAAUCAUGAAGUUGCUCCUGUUGGAAGGUCUUUAUUGCAGACACCGUGUAGUUCUAUGUGUGCUACGAAUAUGAUAGUGAAUUUGGGGGUCUUCGUCUUAGUCUUGAACCAAAGUUGAUGUUCAACACAUAGGAUUAGGAAUGCAUCAUCGUGAUUGUCAUUCCAAGAAUAAAGGAUUCUCCAAAACGCUGUCGUUGUUGAUCUUGAUCUAAAACGCGCAUAUGAAAUCCUCAGUUUCUUUGAAACUCAAAAGUUUUGUUUUGCUGCCUUCAAGGCCUACUUAGCACAUUCUGCGGUCGAGCACAGGCUCUGACAAGAUGGAG